UUUUUUCAACAGUAUUUAGUCCAGGCAGCCAAACAAAGGCCUGAUUCACUGUGUAAGCCAUCAUCCAGCAGUAAAAGUAAAUCGAUUCACCAGAAGCUACAUGAUUUGUACAUAGAAUCCUGCCAGAACCAAGAUGAUAGCAAGGAUAUUGUGCUGUCCUCUAAUCUCUUGUCUAAGUUGGUCAGGAGGGACAAACUGAAUUGUCUGAUCCUCAAGCUGUACCCGGGAAAUGAGGGCUACUCCAUAAUGUUACGGGGGCGUGGAGGGGUAGAGCUAGAGACACUGAAGCUCCCAUACGAGGUAUCAGAGCUACUGGACUAUGUGGACUCUUCUGAGCUUCCUCCGUUCCUUGUGGAUCUUCUGGAGAAAGCUCAGGUGAAUGUGUUCUACAGUGGCUGUGUUAUUCUGGAGGUCCGAGAUUACCGUCGGUCGAUCACGGGGUCGUACGACACACAGUAUGUUCUACUGAAACCCACCCCUCAGUCGAUGUUGUCAGACAUGUACAAUAUAAUUAACGACGGACAUCGCUGGACACAAGAAGACCAGUUUACGUUGGAGAGUCAGUUGCUAUUGGCAACAGAGGAGCCCCUCUGCCUGGACCCCUCCCCAUCGGUCUUUCUGGUCAACAACAAACUUCAGUAUGAACAAAAGAGACUCUGUGACCCCAUGCUCAAAAGGUCAGCCAAGAGGUACAACCAGGCUGCUCUGAACAGGAAAAGGAAGUCGGCCAGUGCAGCUGCACCAAAAGAACUCAAGCUGCACGACUUCAUUCAUAAAAAGAAAAUGAGGUCCAAUCCUCCCGUCAAUCUGAAAGUGGGAAAACCUCAUGUUGACAUGUGGAAACAGAAACCGCUUCAGUUAUCUGCCCCUGAAUCUGUAGAGGUGAACAAGUUUGCGACGGUUGUACCAGCUGCAGAAUCGGCAACAGAUAAUUCAUUUGAGGUCAUGGAGGAGAUAACUCUGGAACGAGACGUCAGCGCGGAUAAAAAAAUCCUGGCCAAACUAACCAUCCAGAAGAGGAACUCGGAUGAUGAGUUUUACGGGGAGCUUUAUCUGGACCAUGAUUACCGCGAGGGCAGCGUCGGCACGUCGUGCAUGUUCCUGUUGGGUACACGACUACUGGUGGACAAGUACCUUGAGCAGUUCAAGGAGAUAUUUACAGAGGAGGGGAGGCGGGCAGUGAAGAUAACCACUCAGAAACCUGGACACCCCCCACAUGUAGAGUUCACCUAAACCUCCCAAACCCCCACCACCCCAGGACUGGGACCAGCUGGACCCCAGGGCAUUCUCAGUGCACAUGCACCUGCUCUCACAGCUGCCAUUAAGGGGCAGUUUACUCAGGCUGAUUUGUCUACCACCUCUUCAUCAGGACUCACUGCCAAAAGGAAUGUACCAAUCCAGCUCUCCCUAACCUUGGCCCCUAUGGCACAAGGAGCCCAGCCAGCUGGGAACCAGUUACAACUGAACAUUCAGAAACCUCAGCAACCGCAGCAGCCAGGAAUGAGGGGCAAAUCAUUGUCACAGGGCGCAGGGCAAAGGGCCUCAUCCUCCACCCCAAGUCCGGCCACCACUCCAACUUCCGCUCCAAUUCAAGGUCAGUUGUUUUCUCCUGGCCUGAUUCCCUCUCCCGCUGCAGCCCAGACCAAUAAAGGGGUCACCAGUUUAUCUUCACCUCCAACAUCUGUCCCUGGCAGGAAGUCAUCAACAGAGGGUGCCACUGUACAACAGAUCAACCCGGGGCUCCCACAGGGAAAUGUAACUUUUGUACAAAACACAGAAAAUCCUCCGAGCACACAGAGUGGACAACAACAGAACAUCGCUAACAUCAACAUCACAAACAUUGGGCUUCCCCCCAACAUUAACAUCCAGAACCUGACCGGACUUCCGGGGGUCAACAUCGCCAACCUCCAGGGGCUACAGAACAUGCAGGUGUCACUGACCGGGGUGUCCAUGCCCGGGGGUGGCAUCGCCGUCCCCGUGCCCAUAAGCCUCAUCAACACCAAUGCAGGUGUAAUACAGAAUCAGAACAUCUUUGUCAGUUCAUUGCCCAGUGGUUCUCUAUCCUCCACCACCACUGGAUCCGUGCCAGUCUCUGUGAGUAGAAAACUUACUUCAUCAUCUGUUGGGUCAGCACCAACUUUGGUUACCAUGGUAACCUCAAUGCCCACAGCUGUCACAACUUCUGGUUUAUCCUUCACUUCAUCAUCGCCUUCAUCAUCAGCCACAGUCACAUCAGGGUCAGUGACUACCCCCAGUACUGUUAUCACUGGUUCAGGAGGACUCUUAUCCCCCAUCAUAGGAAUCACCCCCUUUGUACAAGGAGGGGUAAAGACUCAGCCUGGAUCUAACAUCAGACAGCCAUCCUCUGUUCCUCUUCUACAGAUCCAGGGACAGCCUGGUAUACAGUUAGUGGGUCUCCCUCAACAGAGGGCGCCAGGGAAGUCAGGCCCAGGGGUCAUGACCUCUCAGUCUGGUGGUAAACCAGGGCCAUCGCUACCAACAACAGUGCAGCUGACAGCACAGAACAUUUCUGGACACCAGUUAGCUACCCUGUCUCAGUUCAAACCUAACACACCACAAGGGGGCGCAGUUCCCCAACAACAUAUGCUACAACUACAGCAGCUUCAGUAUAAACAGCUACAGCAGAUCCAAAUCCGUCAGCCGCAAGUUGCUGCUUCUCCGCCUGUCAGUAAAUCCAAGAGUAAGAAACGGACCACACCAACUCCACCAAAACAGUAGAAACACACAACGCCAAGACAACAAGAAAUGGACCACACCAACCCACCCAAA